AUGCUCUCUCUUGACAAGUUGACAUUUGUUUGUCCUCUAUACUUCAUCUCUCUGGUCUUUGUGCCCAAUUUUGCAGCCUUUUUCCACUGUAUACUUGUCUUUCAAGUCUUAAUCUUGCACUAUGUUCCUGCAGUGCAGGAGCUUGAAAUUUCAAAGCCGUUCAUGCACAAUGAGAUUCCAUCCGCUGGUGCACAUGUGAUUGACGCGGAUGGUGCCACAUUUAUGUGCAUUUCCUGCCAUGUUACAAGAGAAUGGCAUGGACACAAGUCAUACUCGCCAAUAUAUUAUGGAUUUUACCGGAGGGACAAGCCAGUCUUUUCGUCCUUCCUCCCUAUCUUUGCUACUUUGGAAGUCUCAUUCAAGUCCCAACUCUCUCCGGCAUCUAUCCUCAUGGUCCAUCUUGUCCUCAUCAAUCAUGACACUGCCGGCAGUUGUUUUGAACUCACCUCUGACUUUCUUCGCCCCUACUUCCCAGCCAGCGGAUUCAAAUUUUGCACUGCUGUAUUCAACAUCAGCAAUUCCUCAAAGAUCACAAGGUACCAGUCCAAGGCCAGUGCAGUCAUCCAGGAACUGAUGUCAAACUGGACCCGUGUUGUCAUUGCCAUCACUAAUCACACUGAUAACGACGGUGGUGAUCUGUUUGUUGGAUAUGAAGGGAAGAAGAAGGUAUACAUUUUGGCACGUGUUUACUCGGUUCUCAAGAUCCACCUGUCACCUUGGUAG